AUGGCAACUUAACCCCCUCUCCCCGGAAAAUUAGGUGAAAUCUAAAAGGCUUUAGAAGCAGACGUCGCUGAAAUCAAGAAGAUCGAAGCCGAAUUCACUAAGGUAUAUGGAGCUAGAUAGACUUUGAUUGAGAAAAAGAAUGAGAAUGAAAUGGUUCUAUCAGAGUUCAACUUAAUGGACGGUGAGGCUACAGUGUACAAACUAGUAGGACCACUUCUAGCCAAAUAAGACUUACCCGAGGCAAAGAGUAAUGUAGAGAAGAGAAUAGAGUUCAUUACUAGAGAGAUCGAGAGAAUGGAUAAAUUAGAAGUUGAUUUCAAGUCAAAGAUCGAGGAGAAGAGAAAGAAUGUCAUGAAGCUGUAGGAAGACUUCAGAAGAAUUGCCAUGCAACAACAACAAGCCGCUGCUGGAGGUCAACCUUAAUGA